AUGUCUCAGCUAUUAGAACCGGUCACGCUUGGCGACUCGAUACAACUGCGCAAUCGAGUAUGUAUGGGGUCUAUGACACGAAAUCGAUGUACCGAUGAUAAUAAGCCUACGAGCGCGAGUGCUAAAUACUACGCUGAUCGCGCCCGAGAUGGAGCUGGCUUGAUCAUUGCUGAGGGGACAUUUGUAUACUAUAAUGGUGCGGAAUGGCCUCAUACGCCAGUUAUGUUCAACCAUGAUCACGCAGCUGCAUGGAAGAACGUCACUGACGCUGUCCACGAUGUAAACGGCAAGAUAUUCUUUCAGCCGUGGCAUGCUGGACGGAUUCAAAAUGACAACAUGCCAAUGCUCAAGAAGCAUAAUUAUCCUGUCUAUGCGCCAUCUAAGAUCCCAGCAGCCGGGGGCGAGUACCGCACACUUGAAGGGCAUCCCGGCCAUACCACCAACAUCACAGAGAUCGAAGACCCAAAGCUCAUUGUUGAACAGUACAGAAACUCGGUCACGCUGGCUAAAUUAGCGGGCUUCGACGGAAUUGAACUGCUGGCUCAAGGUGGCUAUUUAAUUCACAACUUUCUCUGCUCACGUGCCAACAACCGUACGGAUGCUUAUGGAGGCUCGGCUGAGAAUCGAUGUCGAUUCCUUCUAGAAGUCUUGGAUGCCAUCAUCGAUAUUUGGGGUCCACGGCGGGUGGGAAUUAAGAUUUGUCCAUCCGAUUACAUUAAUGACUCCAUGAUGUCCUAUGCAGAGCUUACUGAAACAUACAACUACCUUAUCCCUCAGUUAGUCCAGCGGAAAUUGGCGUAUAUCAAUAUUUCUCGCCGUGAUAGCUACUCUGGGCAAGGGGAGGGUACCUAUCUCCGCCCAGAGGGCUUUGAGUUACCGGACAAUUGGGAACCGAUUCAACAAUUUGGACGCAUGGUUAAGUAUCCUGGCAGCGAGACGAUGUUGAUGGUGAACCACGAGUAUACUGUCGAGGAAGCUGAAACACUGCUGGAUGAGGGCAAGAUUGACCUUGUCACAUUUGCCCGGCCAUUUAUCUAUAAUCCAGACGUAAUUACGCGGAUUGCUCAAAAGAAGCCAUUCGCUGUGAAUGACCGUGGUGGAUUUGUAAAUUAUGGACCGUAUAAAACGGUGGAUGAAUUUUAUAACGAUUGGCCUCGGAUUUCGGCUUGA